AUGGUCAGCGCCACGGCAGGUGGGAUACCGAGCACGUUGGACAUGGAAGGACUGUUCCAUGUGUUCCAGCACUCUGCACACCGCCGGAGGAAGCUUCGACGAUGAGGCCCCCGGCGACUCACGGAGGAUCCGCAUUGGGGGGAAGCCUCUUGGCUGUGCAAUUAUUGCUGUCUUGGCUGCUUGGAUUGGUAUGCUCUUCCUCUCUCACUCUCUCGCUCCCAUCCUCUCCCACGGAAUCCCACCCAAUUAUUUGAUAAAUAAUAGAUGCAUAGAUCCCCCGAUCAACCGCGAUUAAGGGCGUCUUAAAUCCAAUAAAUCACGCAGAAUCAAUCAAAUAAGGCAGAAAAUUGGGGACAGAGGAUCCCCAUGAUUCACUAGAAUUAGGGUUCUUGUGUGGAAUCCAAAGUUCUCCCCCUCUUUCAUAGGAUUUCUAGAUAGAAUCAUAACUCGAGGAAAUCCAGUCCGCUAGGGGCUGUGAUGGCAAAUCUUCUGUCGCUAUUUUCUCCCAUCGAAAUCAUGCCAAUGUCUACAUAAUUAGGCUUCAUGAGGAGACGUAAUUUUAAGGUUGAUUCUCAAGUUAGUAGGGAAACAAGGUCAAAUCACACACUACUUUCACACUGAUUCAAUCUAAUCCAUAUUAUCUCAACAAUUUAUGAAUGAUAGCAAGUCUACAGAGGUGAGACAAGGCAUCUUAAUUUUCAGCAAAAUCAGCAUAAAUACAAAAUAUAAAUAGGAUCUUGAUCCAUAUCAUGAUGGCACCGUAGACAAAAAGAAAACACAAGUUCAGUUAGACUGUCAUAUGGGUUACUUAAAGAAUUGGCAAAUAAGUAAUUUACUUGUAAAGAACAUAUGAUGUGUAUCAAACCAUGAAAUGUGGGCACCCAAAAUUCAGAAUCUUGUUGAGAAUGAUGCACAAAAAUUAGAAAACUUAUUGCACGAGGGCAAUAGAUUAAAUAUUACACUUAUGUUGUCAUUUUCUUUUACCCCCCUUGCUUGGAUUUCAUGUAUUGUAUUGGGAUUAAUGGAUACCUUGGGAAAGCUCUAUUUGACACUGUGGAAAUUGUAAUGCUUAGGAUGAUUUUGAUUCCACGAUGGUUCUUAUCAUGUCUCAAUCCUUUUUUAAAACUCCUUCAUUUAAAAUGAAUUUACUUUUAUUGGUAAACAUUCAUAAUCUUACGAGCAUGAUGUUUCCAUUCAUCAAACUGAUACUUGUGACAUGCAUAUAUCAUCAAUUUUCUACAAAUUUCCUCAUUUGGAAAUCCUUUCAUACAAGAGAGAGUCUACUUAAAAUUUUAUUAUAUACUUAGAAAUGGGAUAAUUUUUCUGAGUAAUAUACCUUAGUAAGUAUGUAUGAUACACAUAGUAUAACUAUCAAAAUGCACUCUCAUUGUUGUCUCUCGUUGAGCACUUGA